AUGCCUAGUGGGGAUGUUACCAAACCAGUAGAUCCUAAUGAGAUAGUUAAGAGUCAGCCUAGGGUAGAGAGUGAGAGUGUGAGUGCUAACAGUUGUGGUAAUGGGGAGAAGGGGUUAUCUGAGAGUCCUAGGGCUGAGGUGGGGCAGGGUAGUGGUAAUAAGUCUGAUUCCUUUAACUUGGGAAAUACUGAAAUUUCUUAUCACUUGGAGGUUCAAACCCAAGUGGACCCUUCUCCCAAUGAUAACCAUCUUGUGGAUGUCAAUGUUCAAUCUGCCUCCAUUGGAGAAAGAUUGGCAAAGAGAAUGAAGAAAAUCUCCGUUAGGAAGUCUCAUAAGUUAGAGGUGAUCAAAGAAAAUAUGGAGGUUGACUUGAAAGUUAACAAUGAGGGAUUAGAUAGUGGACUAAUGAUAGGUCAAAAGAGUGCUUUACAUGUGUCUGAUUCCUCAGAGGAUUCUGAGCCUCGGUUGCGAGGCUGCCUCGACCUUCCUCUUCCGCCGUUAGCAUGGCGAUUUCGGCCAGGCGCUGCUGCUCGUGGAUGGACCGGGGAAGCACCGGCCCCACCUAACGAUAGUGACGCGAUGAGCAUCUUCAUGUUCUGCGAACCCGUUCAUUGA